AUGGAUAAUAUUGUGAACCCAAUGGAUAGUAGCAUGUCAGAAAACUUCGUAACGGAGGUAAUGGCUGUCGGAAAUAUGUUCUCUACAUCGACCCAAAUUCAAGGAACAACGAAAUCAAAUGGCAGAAAAAGACUCCAUAGUUGGAAAAGACCCGCAGAAAAUAGUGCAGAGGUAUUGGAAUGUGAAGAACCUACAUGUAAGAAAUCGAAAGGUGAGCCAAAAGAUAACUUUAAUGAUAGAUUCGAUGAAAUGUUGAAAAUGAUGUCUUGCUUAGGUGAGCAGAUUAAUACUCAAAUAGCCAGUCAUAUGGACAAUCUAGAAAAGAAGAUAGAAGAAAAGGUAACAAACAUACUAGAUAAGAGACUUAAUAUAGAAAUGGAAAAUUUGGACCAAAGAAUUAAAGCUAAUAUAGAAGAAAAAAUGCAUGAAGAAAUAGGCAAAAUUCGAUACGACAUAGACAAUAAAUUUAAGAUAAUUAGUGAGCAGGAAUCAGAUCUCUCAAACCCAACACACAAUAAUAGACAGUUAAAAGUAAUCGUGAAAAACUUUGACGAAAGUGCUCAAGAAACACAACCAGGGUAUUUACUGAAAAGUGUUCAGGACCUUGUUACAGACGGACUUAAAUUAGACAUUAAGGUGAACAAUGUCGAACGAAUUCAACCGAAACUAAAUAUAAACAAUCAUGUGACUUCAUCAAAAACAAGGCCAAGGUUAGAGGUAGUAACUCUUGAUAACUCCGAUCAAAAACAUAAACGGUUAAGUAAAAAGAGAUCACUGAAACAUUUACCCAAGUAUAGUCGUGUUUACAUCGAAAGUAUGAAAUCACCAGAGGAACUGAAAGAAGAGCACAAUUUAAGAACAGUUAUUAAGCAUCUUGGAACCGAUAAAAAGUUUGUUUUUAAGAAUGAUUGUGACAUUCUAGGACUUUGUGAAACAUUUUUAGUAGGAGAUAACAUUUUAGAUGUAAGCGGCUACAAAUGGUACGGCCAUAACCGCAAAACAGUAAACAAAAAAGCAAAAAGGGGUAGUGGAGGGGUUGGUUUCCUUGUUAAAAAAGAACUCAUAGGUAGUAUCUUAAAAGUGAAUAUUUUAGAUAGUAGUUUUGAAGACAUCUUGUGGAUACACGUGACAGGAAUUAACUCAAACUUAUCAUUGUGUCUCGCUAUAUGCUACCUUCCACCAGAUGGUACAACACGGCGCACAGAUCCGAAUACCUUCUUUGAAACUUUGUUAGAUCAGAUUUACAGCUUUCAAAAUAUUGGAGAUAUUCAACUAUUUGGUGAUUUUAACUCAAGAUGUGGUGACAUUUCUGACACAAUUGAUGGAGUUGACUAUUUAGUCCCGCGUGAUACCAUUGAUGACACAAACAACAAAUUUGGUGAGCUUUUUAUAGAUUUUUUAACUGUGUCUAGUUUUGGAAUUCUAAAUGGACGGGUGGGAACACAAAACUUUACCUGUAUCUCCACGCUCGGUAAAUCUGUUGUUGAUUAUGUGUGUGUACCCUGCGAAAACAUAGAUACCAUCAAAUCCUUUACCGUCCUUAGCAUGUCUGAGCUAAAAAGUACUAUUGGGUGUUACCCAGAUUCUACUCCAGACCAUUCUAUUUUAAUCUGGGAAACAGAAACAGGUAGUGACGUGACAAGUGUACAGCCACAAAACAAAUCAGAAACUGUAAGCAAGUUUGACUUAACAACAAUUCCUAAUGACUUUUUAACAAAUUCUGAAAUUUUGGAAGUAGUUAAAGAAACAAUAACUUCUAUAGAACGUAAAAUGAAUUUAGAAGGUGAUAUACAAAGUGCAUAUAAUGACUUUCUUACACUAGUAGCAUGUGAAAUGAAAGCUCGGAUUCACAGUAAAAAAGUCCCAAAAGUACGACGAACAUUGCAAAAAUCGAAGUACAAACCCUACUGGAAUGAAGCUCUCCAAAAGCAAUGGGAUAAUGUGCAACAAUGCGAGAAAAAGUGGCUAAGAGAGAACUCACAUUGUGCCAAACGAGAACUAAAAGCUACCUAUGUUCAGAAUAGGAAACGUUUUGACAUGGAUUUGCGGAAAAGUAAACGCCUGUAUCAAGUUGAAAAAAAGCGUUCCAUUGAAUCCAGCUUCGCCAAUGAUAAAAACGAAUUUUGGAAAAAGCUAGGAAAAAUCGGCAUCGCAAACGACCGAGUCAUAGGCCUACCAAACUCUGUAAAAAAUGCUGACGGUGUUAUUAUACAGGACAGGGCACAGGUACUAGAUGUUUGGAGACGUGAAUUCGAAGCACUAUAUUCGAACAAUACAGACCCAAACCCAGAGCCCUCAGAUGGCGAAUCUACGGAUAGCAUCCCCGAAUUGAAUAAUCCAAUCACAACAGAUGAAGUUUCACGGGCUGUGAAAGACCUGAAAAAUAAACCCUCGUUUUAA